AUGUCUGAUGACGAAGAUUCAGACGACUCCCUUGGAGUCACGAAAUCCAUCACAGGAUGGUCUCAGGUUGGCAGAAAAUCUACUAAAAUUGCUGCGCGAGAUAUCCUGUCUAUUGACUCGCCAGGAUCUUCCACGGCGCGCGCGACUACACCCCUCUCUGCUACCUUGGCCAGGCCUCAAAAAGCGAAGCGCAUCCAAGAAAUAGUCGUUACCUCCAGCGAUUCUGAGGAAGAAGAUCCCCAAGGAGACCAAGCAGGCUUCCUGGCGGCAGCUGCAUCGUUCAGAGUGGGAAUACGCUUACAAAUCCACAAGCGGGUGCCUUUCCUCUUGUGGAAUCUCCGUAAAUCUUUCAUACGCACUUGUGAACUCAGGGGAGUACCUACUCUCCCGCCAAAACAACCUGAAAAGGCCAUUAAAUACACCUAUCGCUUCCGUGUCCUGCAAGACCUCUUCCCAGGACAAGUUCCCACUCCACGUUGGUCUGAGUAUCGUGAGCUGGUGACAGAGUGGCGGUGUCCAUUCUGCGAUCUGCUUGGCCAUCUGAACACAGAACAAAUGCUCUGCUAUCACCUUGCCCAAAACCACGCUGAUGUGCAGAUGACAUGGAGAACAGAGGGUGAUACUGGACAUUACAUGUUUCAUCUGCCUGAGCCAACGCAAGAUGAACCAUCCGAAGAUGAUGAAGAGGAAGAAGAGGAGAUCUUGCGAGCGCAAGAGUCCUCAGAUGACGAGUUAGAAUAUGUUGAUUUGCCGCCGAAGUUGCCAUCCCCUACAUCUAUCGUUGAGGAUCUGGUUGAUGCUUGGCAAUAUACAUCUGCCUUGCCGAUGCAAGUCGAUGAGUCCGACACAAGCGAGAUCAGCUCACAAUCCUCCUACACCACCACACUCACAUCGAGUCUCAACAUCAUACUCCAGCGCGAGUACAAGGAACUCGCUCUUCAAUGGCAGCCCACGCCGCCCGGACGCACACCACGUACAGGCAUCACCGAAACAGGCGAGCUCGUCCCUCCGCCUGAGGCCAAUCCCCUCAGGCCUGCCGCGGAACCCCCGCUUGAGUUGUGCCGCCCAGGUGGCCCGCGGAUCUAUGACCUGCUCAAUGAAUUGCUGCUUGAACCAUAUGGCAUCCUUGCAUGGUCAAUCGUUGACCGCGAGGAGGAGAUCUAUAAGCUCGCGGACGUCCUGGAUGAGGACAAGGUGAUGAUGGCAUUGUGGAAUAGGGUAACAUUUACUUUCCGUCGCGAAGAUGAGACGUACUGUUCGGGUGUGCAAACUUUUAUUGACGAAUACUAUGUAAUGAUACAUCGUGCUGCCGGCUGGGCGGCACUGAGGGCCUUCCUCAUCGUCCUGGCGGCCAACAAGUUCCUGAAUAUACGCGAUGUGUUAAAGCUACUCAAUCACUAUGACAAGAAGGUGAAGAAGAACGAAUGGUACAAAGAGAUGCCUGCAAGCUCUACAUAA